GCCAAUAAAAAAACAGCGCGGAUGGACACAAUCUGGCGCAUGCGCACUCAAAACUAUUUGAUGAGAGCGGGUGAGCGGAUCCGCCGCUAGAGCUGCCGGGGCGUCGGUGGGUUGGUCCGUGUUGUGCGAGUCGAGUGUCCGUCGAAGCAUUCGCGAAACGUCUCUCCGGCCCCGUUGGAGCGUCGGAUUAAAGCGGGCUCGUCGUGGUCAGCGCCUGGGUGAGCAGAGCGCCUCUACGGGGAGGCCAUGGCGCAAGAGAAGGAGGAGAAGUCCCCGGAGAAUGGGCCCCCUGAGUCCAGUCCCUCGAGCAAGUCCCGGCGCUCGGGCGUGCUCAGGGGACGGGCCAGCACGGCCUGCCGUGUCCACCUGUUGGACGGGUCUGACUACGAGUGCCAGGUGGACCGCAAGGCCACGGGAGAGGACGUCUUCGACCGUGUCUGCGAGUAUGUGAACCUGCUGGAGCGGGACUACUUCGGACUCACCUACCGGGAUGCCGAGGACACGCGGAACUGGGUGAACCUGGAGAAGAACCUCGCAAAGCAGAUAAAACGCCGGCCGUGGGAGAUGUCCUUCGAGGUGAAGUUCUACCCCCCGGACCCAUCCCAGCUGCAGGAAGACAUCACCAGGUAUCAGCUGUGUCUCCAGAUCCGGGACGACAUCCUUUCUGGAAAGCUGCCCUGCUCGUUUGUGACGCACGCCCUGCUGGGGUCGUACCUGGUCCAAGCGGAGCUGGGGGACUUUGAGCCGGAUGAUCACGGCCGCAACUACCUGUCGGAGUUCCGCUUCGCCCCCAGCCAGACCCCCGAGCUCGAGGACAAGGUCAUGGAGCUCCACAAGCAGCACAAGGGCCAGACCCCGGCGGAGGCGGAGCUGCACUACCUGGAGAAUGCGAAAAAGCUGGCCAUGUACGGGGUGGACCUCCACCAGGCCAGGGACUCUGAGGGCGUGGACAUCACGCUGGGCGUCUGCUCCUCGGGGCUUCUGGUGUACCGGGACCGGCUGCGCAUCAACCGCUUUGCGUGGCCCAAGAUCCUCAAGAUCUCCUACAAGCGCAACAACUUUUACAUCAAGAUUCGCCCGGGGGAGUUUGAGCAGUUCGAGAGCACCAUCGGCUUCAAGCUGGCCAACCACCGGGCCGCCAAGCGCCUCUGGAAGGUCUGCGUGGAGCACCAUACCUUCUUCAGGCUGAUGUCCCCGGAACCUGCCCCGAAGCCUCGGCUGUUCCUGCCAAGGUUCGGCUCCAAGUUCCGGUACUCGGGACGCACCCAAUACCAGACGCGCCAGGCGAGCUCUCGCAUCGACCGGCCCCCGCCGCACUUCGAGCGCACCCUGAGCAACAAGCGCUUCUCCUCUCAGACCCUGGGCUUCCCCCCAAGGGACAGGCCAGCCCUCUCGGAGGAGAGCAAGAGGCACACCCUCGCAGGUCCCCCCACGCGUCGGACUCCGAGCGAGGAGCGUCCCGGCCAGGAGCAGCUGUCGCGGCUGUCUGCCAAGGCGGUAGCCCAGGGGGCUAAGCUGAGGGACGCCGAGCAGGACAAGGACAAGAAGGAGCCCAAGAAGCAGAUCCCCGUGGGGGGCGUGGCCGUGAUGCUGCCCAUGGAUGCCAAGAAGCUGGGCCACCCAGAAACGAAGGCGCAGGAGCGCAAGACGGCUGCGGCACCGGAGAAGGGGGCCCCGGCCAAGAAGGAGGACGAGGCAGUCCGGGCCAAGAAGGAGGACGAGGCGGCUCGAGGGGACGGGCCCGCUCCCGACGGGGCCAAGAAGAAGGCGUCCCCAACGGGAGGGGUGCGGGUGAUCCGCCUGGAGGACCCCGGCACGGGGGUGACGCGGGAGGUGUACGUCACUGGCAAGGAGUCUCCCCACGGGGGUGCCAAGGGGGUCCCAAAGGGACUCAAGGAGGGCUCGGGCCCGCUGGUGUCCCGGCUGGGGGCCGAGGAGGAGGAGCGCCGGGAGCAGCUGCGCCCCACCAAGUCGGAGACGCGACUGGAGGGCUUCUCGGAGAAGGGCAUCAAGGACCAGGAUGUGACGCGGCUGGCCCUGGCAAGGUCCCGGGAAAAGCUGGCGCCGUUGGCUGAACUCGGGGAGGGGGCCGGCUACCGCAAGGGGGCCCCCGGGGCCCCCGAGGCCCCCUUCUGGCCCCCCACGGGCAAGGCCCGAGAGGGAGAUGGGGCAGCCCCCGCGACGAGCACCCCGCGGCCGGCGGGGUCGCGGCCGGGCUUCGUCACCAAGCAGGCGGGGCCCUGCACCAAGGAGUACACGUACCAAGUGGAGCCCCAGGACCCCCGGCGGCCUUACAGCCCCACCCGGGGAGGCUUCAACUACACCCCACCCGUGAGCCCCGAGGGAACGGGGGCCGGGGGGGGCCCACCCGGGGCGGAGGCCCCCGCCCGGCAGGCGAAGGGGCUGGCCUUCACGUACUCCCCGACCCGGGAGGCCCCCCCCAAGGGACCCAAGGGUCCCAAGGGGCCCAAGGAAGGGGGCCUGGACUCCUCCUCGGGCUCGGCCUCCUCGGAGAGCAGCCUGGACGAGUACAGGGAGGAGAAGCCCACGCCCUCCCGCAUCCCCACCAAGAAGGGCCAGAAAGACCCCCUGGCCACCCGGCCCGUGGUGGUCGGGGUGGUCCCCUCCAGGUCCCCCACGUCCCCCACCAAGAAGGGCCCACCCACCUCUCCCACCAAGGAGGGCGGCAAGCUGCCGUCCCGCAUCCCGACGCACCCCGGGAGUCCCCCGGGCACGGGGCAGUGGAGCGCCACGAGCGUGUCGGUGGGGCGCCUUCCGGAGGGCGAGGCCGGGGCCCAGCCGCAGCGCAUCAUGUCCCAGCAGGUGUCCCGCACCGCGCGGGUGGUGGCCGUGCCCCUCGACGAGCUGCCUAUUGUGAAGACGGAGGCGGUGAAGUAUGAGCCCCGGUCGGCCCCGAGCGGGGGUACCAUGACGACGACGGUGCCAGUGGUGUCCACGGAGACGCGCAAGGUGGCCUACCAGGUGGACCAGGGGGCCGGGCCGGACCGGGCGCCCACGGGGGCCACCUAUGCCGCCACCAAGGUGACCACCAGCGACGUGCCCCCCCACGACAUCGUCGAGCAGGAGGGCGAGGUGGUCAGCUCCCAGACCAUCUCGAGCAAGACACGCACCGUCGAGACCGUCACGUACAAGAUGGAGCGUGACGGGGUGGUGGAGACCCGCGUGGAGCAGAAGAUCACGAUCCAGAGCGACGGGGACCCCAUCGACCACGACCGGGCCUUGGCCCAGGCCAUCCAGGAAGCCACCAUGAUGAACCCGGACAUGACCGUUGAGAAGAUCGAGAUCCAGCAGCAGUCCAGCCAGGGCCAGUAGGCCCCUCCCCCUGGGCUUGUGACUGACACGGCUGCAGCCACCCCGGCAUCGCCGGAGACGCCAGCAUGGCACUGCCGACGCACCUCGCUGCAGGCGCCUCUUCCAACGGGGCUGUUCUACGUCGCCCCCUUGUUCUCCUUCCUGCGAGAGGCCGGCGCAAUCUGUUUGCCAAGGAAACCGGUUUGCUAGGGCGGCCAUCUUCAAAAGGCACUUUGGAAGUCGCCGGGCACACGUGCUCCGCUCCAUCGCCGAGCUUCCUUCGUUGCCGUCGCAAAUUUUUUGUAACGUGCUAUCGAACAAAAGCCACGGUCCUCGGUGGCAUUUUUUUUGCGAGGAAAGCUAAAAGUGUUAGACGGUAAUUCCUAAUUGCAUUUAUUAACCCACGCAUCUCUUUUCCACCUCCACGAUUCUGGUAAGCGACGCGGGGACCCUAAAUUGCUUCUCUCUCGCCGGCAAGGUCGGAAAUCAAAGUGCCUUUUUGAAAGUGGCCGCCGUCUGCGCAACUGCGGUCCGUUUGUAACGAAACGGCCGGCAUUCGUUACCUCAACGGCCGUUCCUUUCUGCAACUCGCAUUAACCGAUCUGAAGUCUUCGUCGAGGGACUAAAUAUAAUUGGGCUCCCCUGGGAGGGCCAUGUCUGGUGGCGAUCUCAAACACCACAGAAUCGGAGACCCCAUCACGAUCGAGCACUGAACUAGACUGGUCAACCGCGCAGAAGGGUUCGGCGAGACUUUGGCUUUGCCACCACCGCUCGCCUUGCCGUCAAACAUGGGCAGCUUUCCUUUACACGUUCUCAAAUCUCCGACAAAAUUUGUUUUAUCGUUUCCUCGCAAGUUUCACGACACGUAUUCAUACCGCAUAUCAUAUCCCCGAGCGUCGGUGCGCUAAAAUUAUAGUAUAUAUAUAUAUAUAUAUUGCUACCGCGGCUUUUUAAUUCCGUUGGUCGAGCCGACAAAGACGCUUCCGGUAGCAGCUGAAGCGCGUUUGACUGUCCGGGGGUAUUUUUGUAAGGGGGGAAGAACUGCUCAAGCGAGUGUACCUGCCAGCCGCGGCAGCGGGGUCUUCCCGUCGGGCGAGCGACCCCGCCGGAGACGCGACGCCCCCAGACUACAGUCUCCUCCCUCGGCGGCCGUGGCUGGACGGUGCCAACGGCGAGGUGCCUUCCAAGAGCGACCAUUCCAGGGCGUGCUCCCCCUCGGACGCGUCGGCGAAGGGGCUUGGAGAACCCCGGCCGAGACGCGCAGCCCGGUGUCCCGCAUCAACGAGACCCCCCCCCGCACGAGGUCCCGCGAGGGAAACGCGGCCGAGACGUUGCCGAGUCGAGCUGCGCGGCGUCUCGAGAUCUCGCGCGCGUCGGGGGCCCUCCAGGUCGCCGACUGCCCGCAACGAGGGGACGAAGCUACUUGCAAAGUGUUGGGAUUUCCACUUUUUUUAUUUCCGAUCUACGGGCGGCGUUGCAUCGUUCGCGGCCCCUUUUUGGUCCCCUUUGGGGAGCCAGCCCGGUGCUGGUGCUGCGGAGUGCUUGGAAGGGGCGACGACGACGAGUCCGUCUGGCGGGCGGCAUUUACGUCGUCGACGGGCGUUCCUACUUCCUUGAGAAUUUCGGGACAGAAUAAAUUGUUUCGCAGGCCGCUUUUCUUUCGAAAGGGGGUGUCCCCUCCCGCAUCUUGGAGUUACUCUUUCUUUGUUCCUAGGUGGUGCGAUUGGCUGCCGCAACGGCUCGAAACCGAGCGCGGCGCGGUUGCCCACACCCACCGAGCGAGCUAACUUGGGUCAGUUUGGCGACCCCCUUGUUAACCAGUGGCGCGAGAGGAGCCUAGAAAUGAGACGGGAACCCCGACCUACGUCGUUUUUAUUAUACCCGCGUUUUCUUGCCGGCUGUCUCAUUAAUUCAUAGAGAAAUAAAUGGUUGAAUAAAAAACAUUUUUGAAAAUUGCA